UCGGAAUUUGCACGUUGUAGAUAAAAUUGAUAUAAUUGUAUUAAUUUUAUCUGAAUAAAAUCAUCAUAUUGAUUUAAAUUUAAAAAGAAUCUGUUAACAUUACAAUAGCGCCGGAUAAAAAUGGUCGGGCAAUAUGAUGAAAACUUAUUACCUGAUAUGUUGCCUAUAUACUAUACGCGACAAUUUCCUCAGAAAAUAUUAUGUCGCUGGCUUUCAUGUGGUAGUAGUCCACAGCCGCUCUGCAAUAGAGAAUUAUCUUUCACACUUGCUGAUGACGUUUACCUGCGAUAUUUAUCAUUCAGUGACCAAAAAGAACUUCAAACACUAUUCCAAAAGAAAUGCCCACAUAAAUUAGAUAUUGGUGCUGUUUAUAACACAAAACCAUCAAUUGGCCGACAUGAUGCUGUAGUCCUGGCUAGGGAGCUUGUGUUUGAUAUAGAUUUAACAGACUAUGAUGAAAUCCGAACAUGUUGUCAGGAAGCAAAGGUCUGUGAUAAAUGCUGGAAGUUUAUGGUAAUAGCAUGUGAAAUUCUGAACACAGCAUUAAAAGAUGACUUUGGAUUUCAAAGUAUACUUUGGGUGUUUUCUGGACGACGUGGAAUACAUUGCUGGGUGUCAGAUUAUGAAGCAAGAACCCUGGACAGUCCUGGAAGAUCAGCUGUCGCCGACUACUUGUGUUUGAUAUCUGGUGGUGAAAAUCAGAGCAAGAAGGUUCAUUUAGGCAGUGACAAUCUGCAUACCAGUAUAAAGAGAGCAGUAACUAUAAUUGAUAGAUAUUUCAUUAAAGUUCUUGAAGAACAAGAAUUCUUAUCUACAGAUGAAAGGUUAAAGAAGUUUUUGAAAAUGAUUCAAGAUGAAAAUCUACGAAAUCAAGUUGAGAGCAAUUUACAAAAGAUGUCAGAGUCUUCAGUUGAAAGAUGGGAAGCUUUUGUAGAGAUCUACAACAGACACUGUAAAGAAAAUCCCAAUUCAUUUCGGAAAUCUAAAUAUUUGUUGGAAGAAAUAAAAAUUCAAUACUGCUAUCCAAGACUUGAUGUGAAUGUUACAAAAGGUUUCAACCAUUUGCUUAAGUCCCCAUUCAGUAUUCAUCCAAAGACUGGAAAGGUUUCUAUAGCAUUUAAGCCAGAGAAUGCUAAAAAUAUGAAGCUAGAAGACAUACCUACAAUUUACACUUUAUUAGAUGACAGUGCUUCAGAAAAUAGCAAACACGAUAGUAACAUGAAGUUAGCAGUAAAAACGUUUCAAGAAGUUGUAUUUUCUUUGGAGAAGGCAGAGGCGUUAAGGCGAAGAAAUGAAGCAAGUGCCACCCUGGAUUUUUAACAGUGCUACAAAUGCAGUCUGCUAAGAAAACAUCAAAAGUCUAAUAAAACAGCUGUGUAGCAUUCAACAAAUGUAUUAUUACAACUCAUUUUAAAACAUAAUAUACAAAAUAUAAUAAUAUAUUCUGGCAACACUCACAAAAUUAUCUACUAGCAAAUAACAAUACAAAAUAUAAUUAAUUUCAUAUUCGAUAUUUUGAGUCCAAUCCUCCUUAGUGCUAAAACGCGGUCUGUGAUUUCACUAUUGCGAACCCUCAUAUAUUUAUUGCGUGAUUA